AUGGCAGUGGUACUAUCCUCAGCUAAGAGCUUGAUUUCUCUAUUCAAAGAUGAAGACCCAGUAAUGAAAGCGUUCGCGCUCCAAAAACUGUCAGACGUAGCCCAAUAUUUUUGGCAUGAAAUCGCCAGCCAGCUUCAAGAGAUCCACAGGCUAGCAUUAGACCCAUCUUAUCCUCAUCAUGAGCUGGCGGCUUACUUAGCAGCUCAAAUCCACUAUCAUUUAGAAAACUAUACAGAAGCCCUUCAAUUGGCCUUGGAAUCCGGCCACUAUUUCAACAUAUCAUCCAAAACAGAUUUUACUCAGACACUAGUCUCUCGAUGCAUCGAUCAAUAUGUUGAGAUCCAAGUAUUCUUUUUAUAAUAAAUAUACUAUUUUGCUUAUAUAUUUGCUUCAAAAUAAUCGUUUUUUUUAAACAGAAUAAAAAUUACGAAGCUAAAAACCCUGAAGAUCGAGUCCCAGUCAACGAGAAGAUGGAGUUUGUCGUCGAACAGAUGUUUGACAGAUGCUUCCUUGAUGGAGAAUUCAAGCAAGCAAUUGGCAUUGCAAUUGAGGCCAGAAGACUGGACAAGCUUGAAAUUGCCAUUGUUAAAUCCAAUAAUAUCAAGGCUUUGCUUCAGUAUACAUAUGGGAUCGUUAAAGAUAUUAUCAUCCCUAGAGAAUUUAGAAAAGACAUUGUAGGCUGCUUGGUAAAAUUGCAUAUGUCAUUGGCUGACUUAGAUUAUGGAGCAAUCACUGAAUGCAAAUUUUUCUUAAACGACUCACAAGCGGUCAGUGACAUGCUUACUAAUUUGAUAGAAAACGAGCCUUUGUUAGCUUUACAACUGAGUUUUGACUUGGUAGAAAACCAAAAUCAGCUAUUUCUCAAUGAAAUUUCUAAAUGCUUAUCACAGACUCAGCCAAGAGACCAAACAGCAACAGCAAUGAGAGAUAGAGUGAUUUUAGUAUUAACAGGAAGAUCGACAAUCGAUAUUAAUUUAGAUUUCUUGAAAACUAAAAACAAUUCAGACAAACUUAUCAUCAACAAAGUCAAAACCAUCGUCGAAUUCAAAAACUCAGUCACACACGGUGCUGCAAUUUUCGCAAAUGCUUUUAUGCACGCUGGGACCUCUGAUGAUAGCUUUUUAAGGGACAACCUAACCUGGGUCGCCAAAGCUACAAAUUGGUCAAAAUUCAGUGCAGCUGCUUCUUUAGGUGUCAUUCAUCGUGGCAAUAUUUCAAAAGCGUUAGAAAUACUUAAGCCCUAUUUGCCAACUGAUGGUAGAGCUUCAACAGGAAGCCAAUACUCAGAAGGAGGAGCAUUGUACGCAAUGGGACUUAUUCAUGCCAAUUAUGCGUUGCCAGAAGCCGUGAAUUUUAUAUUAAACUCUUUGUCAGGAAACUCUAGAAAUGAAGUAAUUCAGCAUGGAGCUUGCUUAGGCCUUGGUUUAACCACAAUGGCAACUCAUGAUAUGACGAUGUUUGAGCAUCUAAAAAAUGUUCUUUAUACAGAUUCAGCUAAUUCAGGUGAAGCAGCUGCUUAUGCAAUGGGCCUCGUCAUGCUUGGUUCUGCUAGUGAAGCUGCUAUUAGUGACAUGCUGGCAUAUGCUCACGAAACUCAGCAUGAAAAAAUCAUCAGAGCUCUAAACUAAACUAUUAAUUAUGACCACAAUACUUAUCGUCUAGCCUUUUUAUAUAAUUCUUCUAGCUCUCCAAUUACCUCUUCCCAUCUCUUGGCAGAUUUCUUUCAAUAAAUCCUCAGAGCUCUAGGAAUUGGCCUUUCAUUGGUCAUGUACAGACGUGAAGAAGAAGCUGACACCUUAAUCACACAGCUGCUCACUGAUAAAGAUCCUAUUUUAAGAUAUGGUGCUGCUUAUACCAUGGCUACUGCAUAUGUUGGCACCUCAAACGCAAAAAUCAUAAAAAAGCUUCUCCAUAUUGCUGUUAGUGACGUAGACUACGAUGUCAGAAAAGCUGCAGUCACUGCAAUUGGAUUUGUGCUCCAUAGAAUGCCUGAACAAGUACCAAAAGUUGUAGCGCUUCUGUCUGAAAGCUAUAACCCUUACGUCAGACAAGGAUCUGCCAUUGCGAUUGGAAUUGCUUGUGCAGGAAACCCUAUCCCUGAAGCAUUGAAUAUUUUGGAAACCUUGACCACAGACAGUGUUAAUUUUGUGAGGCAGUCCGCCUUUAUUGCUAUGGCUAUGGUUUAUAUGCAGCAGACUAAAACCACCGCGAAUAAGGUUGAUAAAUUUAGAGAAAAAAUUGAUAAAAUAGUCAAUGAAAAGCACCAGGAUGUUUUGACAAAGAUGGGAGCAAUUGUGGCACUUGGAAUUCUUGAUGCAGGAGGAAGAAAUAUGACAAUUGCAUUGGACUCGAAAUCAGGGAACAAUAGAGCUGCUGCAACUGCAGGGUUGGUGCUUUCACUUCAGUUUUGGUAUUGGUUUCCAAUGCUCCAUAUGUUUUGUCUGUCAUUUAGUCCUUCAGGAUUAAUUGGGGUGAAUUCAGACCUCCAAGUUCCCAAAUAUCCUUUAUUAUAAAAAUACACAUUUUUAAGAAUUAUUAUUAAAAAAAUACUUUUACAGUCAAAAGCAAAGCCAAGCCUUCUCAAUUUGGCUAUCCACCAAAGACAGAAGUUCCUUCCAAUGAAAAAGCUGGAAAAAUUGCAUCAGCGGUAUUAUCAACCACAAAUAAAGUUAAAGCAAGAGCAGCUGCAAAAAGAGGGGAAAAGUCAAUGGAUAUUGUAGAAGCGAAACCUGAAGAAGAGAAAAAGGAGGAAGAAGUAAAAAAAGAAGAACCAGUGAUUAUAGAGCCAGAAGAAGAAAUUUUGACGAAUCCAAGCAGAGUGCUGCCAAGCCAAGAAGGCGUAAUUGAAUUUUUGGAGGAUAGUAGAUAUCUGCCAGUCAUCAGAGAUAGAAAAUGCGGGAUCAUUAUGAUUAGGGAAAAUAAGCAAUAUGUCCAAGAGGAAAAAGCAAACGUAGCUCUGGAUACGACGAAUAUGGAGACUGAAGCUAUGCCUGAAGAGUUUGUUUUUGACCCUGAAAUCCAGAAAGAUCACCAUUAA